AGAAGCGAAACGCGCGAAGCUGCCGCGGCGCCUCGUUUGCUUUUAGACGUUUUAAUUGAUCCAUUUCCACGGAAAAUCUCCCCGGAAUCCGCUGAAGCCGCUGGUAAGCGAUACUCUGUUAAACGGGUUAUUUUUAGUCCCCUACCGCGGCGAUGAGUGGCUGGAAGCCGGCUGUGAGACCCCGUGGUGCUGCGCUGUGGUAAAUGAAGCCCCCGCUCGCUGUUCUGCAAGAAUGAAGUCCAGGCGAGAUAAGCUGAAGAUCCCCUCAUUGACUCUGGAUUUGUCGCCCACUUGCCAGAGCCCCACCCUCCUGAGCCCAUGCAGCCCCUGCAGCCCCUGCAGCCCCUUACAAACUCUUCAUCCCUGGAGCUGUCGCAGCAGCAACAGGAAGAGCCUCGGUGUCGGGACGCCAUCACCCACGCUGUCCCGGCCUCUCUCCCCGCUUUCACUCCACACUGCUGCGAGCAGCCCUCUAGACAGCCCUCGAAAUGUGUCGACCAGUGCCUGCCUCAACUUUCCAUUUGCUCGAAGAGCUGAGGGCCGGAGAUGGUCCCUGGCAUCCCUCCCCUCGUCUGGCUAUGGAACAAACCCGCCAAGCUCCACUGUCUCUUCCUCCUCGUCCUCACAGGAGCGCCUUCACCAGCUCCCCUACCAGCCGACACAAGAUGAGCUGCACUUCCUCUUCAAACACUUCCGCAGCACAGACAGUAUGACCGACGAGGAUGGCCGGCCCUCAACAGUCAUACGACCUCGGUCUCGGAGCCUCAGCCCUGGGCGAUCGACUGUCUCCUUUGAUAAUGAGAUUGUCAUGAUGAACCAUGUUUACAGAGAGCGUUUUCCAAAGGCCACAGCCCAGAUGGAGGAGCGCUUGUUUGAGAUAAUCACCCACUGCUCUCCAGACAGCUCCCUCCCUUUGGCUGACGGGGUGCUGGGCUUCAUCCAGCACCAGUUAGUUGAGCUGGUCAGAGACUGUCUGGACAAGUCCCAGAAAGGCCUGGUUACUUCCCGCUACUUUGCUGAGCUGCAGGAGAAACUGGACAAGCUGCUUCACGAGGCCUAUGAGCGCUCUGAAAGCGAGGAGGUAACCAUCAUCAUCCAGUUGGUCAGGAAGAUCCUCAUCAUAAUCUCUCGACCUGCUCGCCUCCUGGAGUGCCUGGAGUUUGACCCAGAAGAGUUUUAUCACUUACUUGAGGCAGCAGAGGGCCAUGCCAAAGUUGGCCAGGGAAUCAAGACGGACAUCCCGCGGUACAUCAUCAGCCAGCUGGGUCUGACACGGGACCCAUUAGAAGACAUGGUACAGCUUGAACAGUAUGAUGCCAGUACUUCAGCGUCAGUGGAACCAGAUGCUCAUGUGGAGAAUAAGGCCCCACAAACGCUGACGCCAACUCGAAGGAAACCUCUUGAGAGUGACUUUGAAACGAUCAAACUUAUCAGUAAUGGAGCCUAUGGGGCAGUGUAUCUAGUCCGCCACAAGGACACCCGCCAACGGUUUGCCAUGAAAAAGAUAAAUCGUCAGAACCUGGUCCUGAGGAACCAGAUCCAGCAGGCUUUUGUGGAGCGAGACAUCCUGACUUUUGCGGAGAACCCCUUUGUUGUCUCCAUGUUCUGUUCGUUUGAGACGCGAAGACAUCUCUGCAUGGUCAUGGAAUAUGUGGAAGGUGGAGAUUGUGCCAACCUGCUUAAGAACAUGGGCCCACUACCAGUGGAAAUGACAAGGAUGUACUUCGCUGAAACAGUCCUGGCCUUGGAGUACCUUCACAACUAUGGUAUUGUGCAUCGGGAUCUCAAACCUGACAACUUAUUGAUUACAUCCAUGGGCCACAUCAAGCUGACAGACUUUGGCCUGUCUAAAAUUGGCUUGAUGAACAUGACCACCAACCUGUACGAGGGUCACAUAGAGAAAGACACAAGAGAGUUUGUCGACAAACAGGUGUGUGGCACUCCAGAGUACAUUGCCCCAGAGGUGAUCCUCAGGCAGGGCUAUGGGAAGCCAGUGGACUGGUGGGCGAUGGGGAUCAUCCUCUAUGAAUUCCUGGUUGGAUGUGUUCCGUUCUUUGGAGACACACCUGAAGAGCUUUUCGGACAAGUUGUCAGUGAUGAUAUAAUUUGGCCAGAAGGAGAUGAUACCUUACCCACUGAUGCCCAGGACCUGAUCACCCGCUUGCUCAGACAGAGUCCGUUAGACCGACUUGGAACCGGCGGAGCCUCAGAGGUCAAACAACACCCCUUCUUCCUGGGCUUUGACUGGAAUGGACUCCUGAGGCAGAAGGCUGAAUUCAUCCCUCAGCUGGAGGCAGAGGAUGACACCAGCUACUUUGACACUCGUUCAGAACGUUACCAUCAUUUGGCUUCUGAUGAGGAUGAGGAAACCAAUGAUGAAGAGUCUUCCUUGGAAAUUAGACAGUUUGCUUCCUGGUCGCAUCGUUUCAGCAAGGUUUACAGCAGCACAGAACAUCUGGCGACACCAUCCAACCUGAGUUUCUCCUCUGACCGCAGCCACAGUGAGGACAAAGAGGACCGCGGGGACAUGGGAGGACUCAGUCCCUCCCCGAGCCCAGCAGAGGGCAGCGUGGACCGCAGACAUGCCGGACGCAUGGCCAGCCUUCGCCCUAGGGCCUCCUCCAGCUCCUCCCAGUCUGAGAGGAGCACCAGUCCUCUGGUGAUGAGCAGCACCCACAGCCUGGAGACAAUGCCCCGCUUUGCCCUCUCCACGGAUGAUGAAGCUGAGGUGGUGGUGUCAAAUCUUCGGAGGAUCAGGAUUCGCAGCAAUAGCACCGGGGCCAAACACUCUUCUCCCAAGGAGCCGGCCGGCCCCCGACGCUUCGGUAACCAGCUGGAGACUCCGGACCGACAGAGGCUUCCCUGCGGUGGGAAGGUUCCCAAGUCAGCCUCUGUGUCAGCCCUGUCUCUCAUCAUCACUACAGAUGACUCGCCUGGUGGCCUCCAGCCCAGUCCCAUCUCCCCACGCUCCCUGUCCUCCAACCCUUCGUCCCGUGACUCCUCCCCCAACCGUGACCUGUCGCUCAGCCCCAGCUGCCUGAGGCCUCCCAUUGUCAUUCACACCUCAGGGAAAAAGUACGGCUUCACCCUGCAGGCCAUCCGCGUCUACAUGGGCGACAGCGAUGUCUACACGGUGCAUCACAUGGUGUCGAGUGUGGAGGAGGGUAGCCCAGCUCACCAGGCAGGUCUCCGCGCUGGAGACCUCAUCACUCACAUGAACGGAGAGUCUGUCCAAGGCCUGGCCCAUCCUGAGAUGAUAGAACUGCUACUGAAGAGUGGCAGCAAGGUGGCGCUUCAGACCAUAGCACUUGAGAACACGUCAAUCAAAGUGGGUCCAGCUCGAAAGACCAAACACAAAGGCAAGAUGGCUCGUCGCAGUAAGAAGAGCAAGAGGAGAGAUAAUUACGACAGACGACGAAGCAUCUUAAAGAAGCUGUCCAAGCAGAGCACAGUGAUGCACAGCAGUCGCAGCUUCUCCUCAGGUCUCCACCAUUCAGUUUCCUCCAGCGAAAGUCUCCCAGGCUCCCCGACACACAGCCUCUCCCCCGGCCCCUCCACACCCUGCCGGAGCCCCGCGCCCGACCAUCAGGCCUUUGACAAUAACUCCCCUCAGAGCACAUCUCCUUGCUCCAGUUCUCCCAGUUCCCCCGCUGCACACAUCCGGCCCAGCUCUCUCCACGGCCUGGGCUCCAAACUCAGCACGCAGCGCUACACCAAGGUGGGCCGCCGGAAGUCGACCAGCAACAUUCCCCCCUCGCCCCUGGCCUGCAACUCCUCCUCAGCCUCCACCCAGCCUCUUUCUCCACAGCGCUCUCCCUCUCCACUCUCGGGCUUCGCCAAAACCCUUCACACCUACCACGGCAAAACCCUGUCCCCACCCACCAUCGUUAGACACAUUGUCCGCCCGCGCAGCGCCGAGCCACCUCGAUCUCCUCUGCUGAAGAGGGUACAGUCAGCUGAGAAGCUGUCUGGUAUGUAUCAUGCUGACAAGAAGUCAUAUGCCCCCCGAAGGCACACCCUAGAGGUGCCGUUUUAUGGUGAGGGGGACUUGCUGGGGGACUCGGAGGCAGAGGGUGCCUGCGGAGGCUCCUACAUUGGUGCCGAUCACAGCAGGCUGGGGGGAUACAUCGGCAGCCAGAGGAUGAGGGACUCUGGGAUCGAACGAUCGGAGCAGCUGGUCGUGAUGCGAAAGCUCAACCUAUCAGAGCGGCGGGACUCUUUUAAGAAACAGGAGGCAGUGCAGGAGGUGAGCUUUGAUGAGCCAGAAGAGAAAACCAACACCACGGUCACAGUGACAACCACAGCUCCAGGAGCCCAAACACAACACGAGAAGCAGCAGCACAGGAUGGCCUGGGUGCUCACUCAACCCCAAACCAGCGAGGAGGUGGAGGUGUCGGCUGUGAGGAGGUUCACACUGGUGCCCCAGAUCGCAGUGCAGGGCUCAACGGAGAGUGAGCAGGAUGAGUGGGAACCGUGUUCAGAUGGAGAGGAAACCAACGAGAAACCUGAGCUGGAGGUCAGCGUUACCUCAUCUCAGCCACAACAGGCAGGACGUCCUCUCGCUGACUGCAGUCAGGCAGCAGAACCCACCUCUGCCGGUCCUCAGGUAGGUCCUUCAGCAGGGAGGAACGCAGAGGAGACUCCACAAAAAGGACAUCUGAAAAAGUGACAACUCGCAACUGCACUCAUUUCAGCUGCUCAUAUUUUUUCUUUCAAAAGUUGUGAGCUCGUUUACAAACUUGUCUGGCUGAGAGCAAGUGGAGAGGAUUUUACUUGAAUUUUAUAAUUGUAAAUAUUUGUCUCAAUGCAUUGCAGAUGUUUGGUCUUAUUUAUUACAUUUGUAAACUAUGAUGAGUUAGCAACAGGGAAAGAGGAAAGUUCUCAUUAGCUGAAUAGCCAAGGCUCGACAUUUUUGUAUCCAUAAAAUGUGGUUUUAUGUCUUUUGACUGGAUUGUCUGUUUCUUAUUAAAUGUCUAUUUUUAAAUAGCCACAGUACAGAGUAGUUUGAUAAUGCUGGUUAUAAUUGUUGAAGGACCAAAAGGUAUGAGAAGUCAUUUUAGAAGCUGAAGUUGUAGUUCUUUUUUUUCCUCCUUCUUGGUGUCAGGUUAGAUCUGAACAAUGCAGCUUCCAAUAGUGUAAUAAUGCGAUUAUGUUGAUCUCCAUAAACCUAAGAAUGAUCUCUGGUUCACACUGUGAGCAACAUGGCUGAUGUGUCAUUGUAUGAUCAGUUGUCAGCCAGACUCUUCAGUUGUGUUUAAAGUAUACAACUACAGUACUGGUGUUUAUGCUGCUUUGCUUCAGCCUUCAAUAGCACUGCAUCCUAGAAGAAAAUGGCAAAGCCAUUGAGCACUAAUUGGCUUGCAGGAAAAAAAAACUGCUUAAGUUUGAAAGUUUCUCGUAACUUUGAAGCGUUGCACAGUAAUAAUUCUUCCAUUUUGUAAAACUAGUGUUCAUGAAAUGAGUAUGAAAAGAAGAGGUGCUGGAUUAGUUGUGUGGCCCAUGUUCCUCACAUUUCUAAUGAAAGUACUUCCACUGACUUGUUGAUCAUGUUCCUCGCAGUGUGAAUUCACAGUCAUGGCAUCGUUCUUCUUAAACGUGGAACCAGUCCCUGCAGGUAAUGCACACUAACGCUGUAUGAGUAUGACUUUAAAGUACAAUCAUAAAGCUGAUUUUAGAAAGGGUGUUAUGUGCCAUGAUAUCAGUGCAAUGUCCUCUAAGCCAUAUCUCUGAAGGCAGAUGUCAGUUAAAAUCAUUUGUAUAGUUUAUAGUAUCUCAACUCAUACUUUCCACCGUAUGUGUGUGUGUGUGUGUGUGUGCUUUUUUUUAAUGCACUGUUAUCUUGGCAGCCUCUCAUGAAAAAUGGAUGUUGCAGAACAUGACACUGCUUUGUGGCUACUUGAUAUGAACUUGCUGUGAUUCUACAUCAGAGGUAUCUCAAAUUAGUUUUGAUUUGUUUUUCCUGCUCACAGCUGUAAACACUGGUUCAGCAUGGCUCCACGUCUCGCUGUAAUAACUUGUUGUACUCAAAGCAUGCAGUUUGCAGGAAAUACAAUGAGCAGCCAAGUCGAAGUCUGCAUUGUCUUCUUCUUCGGAGCCUGGAGGGAAUAUCUUUUUGUGGAAAACGUUAUGGUAUUUUUUUUUUAUUUUGGUCUCUCCUUGUUGUAACAAGACAUUUUGUACCUGGGAAUGUGUUGGAUCCUCAUGUCUUUUUGGGGUAUUUCUUUCCUGAAACGGUAGCUUUCAUCUUUCUUCCCACCCCUAUAUGAGCAUGUAAGAGACACCAUGCCUACAAGACCUGAUCCUACUUAAUUUACUGUGUCGUGAUGUUUACAUCAAGGGGAAAAGUGCACUAAUGUAUUUUGACAUGAAUUUUGAAUGUUAAAGGUAACAGAGGGAAAACCGUACAUGGAAUCCAAACCCAGGGCUUCUUUGAACAAAUGUUUCAUGUCGUUGUAUUGUACAAAUAUUGAUGUAUAUUUUGAUAAUGAUGUACAACUCCAAAUGCGUUGAAGGACAUGAUAUGCACAAUGACAAUUUAAGGCACCAGGAUUUUGAGAGGUCUGGCUUGAGGGAAUAGGUUUUUUGGAGGGCUUUUACAAAAAUACCUUGUUGGGAUUCAUAACAGUAUUUCACUUUUUUUUUUUCCACUACAGUUUUGACAUUUAUUGUCCUAUUUGUCAGUGGCCGUUCCUGUAUUUUGUACCAACCUUCUCUUAACUUUAUAAGAUGGGAGUUGUUAAUGUGUGAAGUCCUUCUUCCUCCUUAAGAACUAAUCUCAUGAUGACCUUUAAAGGAUGCUGCUGUCAUGUCAGCACACUGAGUUAUAUUUGCAGUCUGACAGAAUUGUUUACAUUGAACAAACAUGCUAUGUACUGUACAGACAUUUUAUAUCCUGUGGCUGUGUAGGAUGAAACUAGCCUCUUUGAUACAAUGAAAAAGAACAACACUCAUAGACAUAUCUGUUUGUUCUUUUGAAACUGUUCAUAAUGAGUAAUUUAGCACCAAGCUGAGAAGCAUUUUAGUGUUUUACAUGAUCUUGAGUCACUGGUUUAUCAUCAGCUUUUUGAAAAUACCUGUUUUCAUAGAUGUCAUGUAAAGGGGCGUCCCAGUUUUAGGGAUGAAAGGAAACAAGGUUCACAUGCAGACACUUUACCUGUAAUUUGUAAUGUUUCUUUUUUACAAGUGCACAUUUGCAUGAAAAUGAUGUCAUACAGGAAAAGUAAUGCUGCAGAGGGAUCAGAAAAACAGUAUUACUCUGGAAUUGCAUUAAUGUCAAUAAAAAUAAAAGUCAAACCAACACAGACAAUUAUAUACUUUAAGCUUACACACUCAGAUUUGUGCAUUAAGAGACAACCUGUACUCUAAACUGUACUGUAAACAGGCUUCAUAGUUAAAGAAUAAAUCAUUAACACAUGAAGUAUGAUUUACUUAAUUCCAAAAUGAUUUGACAGGUCUGGGAGAUGCAUGUGCCGUAUUUCUCCAAAUAACUUGGUUUCUUAUGUGAAUGUAAAUGUAGUCGAUGCUUGAUUGACGUAAUCGCACCUGAUUGUGACAUGACAGCUGUGUGGUUAAAAAACUUCAGCCACUGGAGGUCAGCAAAGACAAGACUCUCAGCUGGUGUUAAACUUACUCUUAUAAAACAAACGGGCAGACAAACUGUUGUACAUGUGCAUGUGUUCUCCUGUGGACUCUUCUGUUCAGUGCAUGCUGCAUGAGACAAGCACACAUCUGUAAUACUUGAUUGCAUGGUAUACUGGCGUCGUCGCCCCUGUACUGUGUUUUCUUGUGCAACAAAUAAAAUUUGUAU